AUUUUCACUGCCAAGCUCACAAGGAUGUAGAACAAUAAUUAUAGCUCUUCGUGAUUGAAAAUAAUUCCUUAUUUCUUAUAUAUAAAGCUGAAAGGUUAAGAGGCUGAUAAUAUUUCUCUUCAGAAAAGAAUGGGGUUUGUAGACACUUCUUAUAUUUGCGCCUAAUUCAGUGUUAUGCGUCACCGCAACUUCUUUUAAAUAUCCCUUAAAUUCGGGUAAAUUCCUAAUCACAUUGUUAAUAAUCUGUUGAUGAGUUUGCUCAACGCAGCAUUCAAUUACAAGUCAACCUCUUUCUGACUUUAAUAUACUCCAUAAACAUCCCACAAUCUUAGUGGUUUGGGGCAAAUGUCGAUAGUUUUCGGGGAACUUCAGAUAAGCCCCAUUAGUAAUUCUGACGAUAAAGCAAAUAAAACCAGAAAUUUCUCUUUGUUCUGGAUUUUCGCCGUAGAACUGCUGUAUAUAUAAAUAUUUUAGAAAACUCCCCAAAUUUCAAUGUUUUAGGGAAUCAUAUGAUACAUGCUUCGUUGAGAAAUCUCCGGAUUGUUCACUGUACACGAACGUUAUUUGUCUCUGUUCGCAGUUAAGUCCCAUCAUUCCACGCGCUAUCGCAUUACGAUGACAGAUAUACGUCGUAAGUAUAUCUCAAUCCCUAUGCAAUAAUAUGGGGUUAUUAUCCCCACCUUAUGCAACACUUCUAAAUUUUAUAGUGCCAUAAAAUUAACUCAUGGCAUCAAUCAAAAGCUUACGUCAUAACGAUAAGGAGGAAAUGCAGAUAUUUAUACUUAGCAGUUGACUUUUGAACAACCAACUGUUUGUCCACAGGGAGAAUAUAACGUUUAAAGAAAUCGCCGAUCAUAUCGAUGUGGAUGAUGAGUGCCCAUUAAGAAAAUGCACUGUACUGAGUUAUUAUGAUUUUAAAUGAUUCAUUUAUUUACUCAUGUAAAUAAACAAUUAAUUCAUCAUCAACAAUCUAUAGUAAUUCAUCAAAUUAGAAAUAAAAAAUAUUAUCGUCAUUGGUGGAUUCCAUAUCAUUUGAAUGAUUAUCAAACAAUCACACAAUCUAAAUUAAAUUCUUAUGAUCAAUGGAAUCAAGAAUGGUAUCAUUCAAAUCUUCCUAUAGAAUUAAAAUAUUUCGAUAUAUCACAUUUACCAUCUCAUUUAAAUAAAAGAAUAAAACCAACAAAAGAAUUUUUUCAAUUAAUUCAUUCUAAAGAAAAAACAGAAGAUUAUCAAAGAUGUUUAUUUGGUCAAUAUGGAUUACAAUGUGGUAUUAAUCCAUCUUUAUUAUUUAUGAAUGAACAUGAAAUAAUCUAUGAAAAAACUAAAGAAAAUCUAUUAGAAAAUUCCAUUUUAGAAAUUGUCCAUAGGAAUAAAGAACAAGAGAAUAAAACAAGAUUGAAUAAUGAAACAUUAAUGUUAAAAAUUAAGAAAAAUUUAAAUAAAAUGCCUGAAUUAUUAAAAAAAUUUCAUAAUCAAGAAGAGAAACAAUUAUCUAUGAAUAAUAUGAAGAAGGAUAAAAUGAAAAUGUUUAUGGAAGAGGCAAGAGAUCGUUUUGGUUUUUAUCCAAGUAAAAAAGAUCCAAAAUUUAUUAAAUUAAUUCAUGAAUCUGAUGAACAAAAUAAAUUAGAACGUAAACAGAAAAAGAAAUAAAUAGAUGUGAGUGUGUAUGUUUUGUAUAGAAAUAAAUUCAUUUGAUA